AUGCUCGCGCGGGUGCAGAAUGAGAACGCACACGCGGACAGGCGUCGGGAGCGGGACGACCGGCGGCGCUCCCAAGCGCAACAGCAACAGCAGCAAGUGCCCGGGGCAGGGGCAGGACCAGGACAGCAAGGCGGCAACGUCGUCCCGCCGUCGCCUGCGCUCGUGCGGCAUGGGUCGAGGCAGCGGAAAGUGCCUGCGGCGCUCACGCCUGGUGGGGCGAUGGCGGGUGUGCAGGGGAAUAUACCGAUUGGGGGCACGUUGCAGCCGCAGAGGAAUUCGCAGAUGCAUAUGCAGCAGCAGCUGCAGCAGGGACAGCAUCCGUAUGCGGGACCGGGGAUUGGAGUUGGGUAUGAGUAUGCUCAGCAGCAGCAGCAACUACAACAAGCGCAGCAGCAGCAGUAUGGGAGAACGUCGCCGAUGGUGACGGCUAGUGUUGGUGCGGGUGCGCCUGUGGCUGCUGUGAGCCAUGUGAGGGCGAUGGGUGGGGAUGUGGGUGUUGCGCAGGAUUAUCAGGGUCAACAGGGUCAGGGACAGCAGAUGCAUGAUGAGGAUGUGCAGAAACCGUCGUUUUUGAAGCUUUUGACGUGUCGGUGCUGA